AUGUUCCGGCGCAAACGGAGUGUCUCUCAUGGGCCUAUAAAUCCCAAUCCGUCGCCCUCCGCACAGACUGCUGCAGUUCAAGCAUUUCGCGCAUCCCAGGCAGCAAAUGCAAAUGCGAAACUGUCCUCUUCAGCUGCUGCUGCGGCAUUGCGGAAACACACCCCAACUCCGACCUCGAUUGAAGAGGUGCAGACAAGGCGCAUGAUCCAGAGGCAGCAAUCUGUUUCGUCGAUUGGAGCAUCAAAAGGAAAUGCGCGCGAUCAGGAUGUAACAUUGCGAAGGUCGAGCAGUCUGGGCUCCAUGAGCAAGAGGACGUUUCGGGAAACCUCACCAGGACCUAAUGCACUGGCACGUUAUAUAAACCCCAAUGAUGAAAUUGACCCGGUCCCUCCGCUUCCACAAGUUUAUACGGCGAGAGCUACUUCGCAUCGCCGUGCUGUCAGCAGUGGACCUACAGCUCAGCGGACAAUUUCCGCCCAACACCAGCCUGGUAGAACCCACGAAGCAAGCACGAAACCGAAACAUAACGGAUCUGCCCGCUCCAAAGAGAACAAUGUUGCUGGGCCUCCACUGGGCUUACAGAGACGAAGUAGUAGGAGUUCGAUCAACUUCUCCUAUCCCAUUAAUGCGCGCCCAAACUCUCCGCGACAGCCGUCAAUUGCCAGCUUCACUGCGGAUGGUGCCUCGCUACGCACCUUGUCACCCGUCGGGUCGCUUACAAUGAACUCCAGACCACCCAAAUGCGGUUCAAAAAACGAGCCGAAGCUUGAUUUUCCGGGUCCAAACGCGCGGGGUAUCUCGCCUCGCUCGACAAGUACAGAAUCCCGCGCUUCAUAUACACGAGAAAUGGGUCGUUCAGACAAACCAAAUAAGCUAUCUCCGGUGGGAAUGAACCGAGAAAGGCCCCAUUCCCAGCCACAUACUCGUCUUUUGUCCAUUUCUAAUCAAAAUUCUGAGCCUGGUUCUCCAAAACAACAAUUCUCUACACCUGGAGAAGGUCACAAGCCACAGGAAAACACGCGAGAUGGCGUUUUAUAUCAAGAAACGUACGAAAGUGGCCAUCGUGACGUUGUAACUAAGGAUUUCCCCACAGAAACACCCAGCAACACACGCAUAGCAGACAACGAGAGAUGUACACGAAACAGAGAUGCUUCACCCGCUACUGCUUCCGAUUCAUCUCUACGCAAUCCCUUGACGAAUCACGGCCAACUUGCAGUCAAAGACCAGGUUCAUCCUCCUAGUGAACGACUACAGGGCGAAAGACCGCCCUCCCUUAGCCCAACUCGAUCCACGAGGUUUUCAGAAAGAUUAGAAAUAGUUUUUCCAGGAGAACAUCUCCAUGAGCCCCCAUCACGGUCAAAAUCUCCUGCUAAAUCGGCAUUGAAGUCCACAGGAAUGGGAAACAAUGUCACCUCCGACCGUCCGCUCCCGCAUCAUCUGAAAGCAGACACCCUCAGCGAAUCUGACGGCACGUCUGUGCUUUCUGAUGAAGGCUCAAAGCUGAGUUGGAAGAGGAAGUCUACAAAAGUAAGCUUCGAAGGUGAAACUGAAGUCGUUGGCGCUUUAACUAGUCCGCCAACCUCACCAGAUUCAAUCCCCCCCUCAAGCCCGCAACUGAAAUGGAAUGACAGCCUACGUAGCAGAUGUAACGAAGCUGAUGACUUUGACGAAGUUAUGAAGCCUCGGCCUGCUCUUCCGUCUUUUGGGAGUAUACGAGGUCGGAAAAGGGCCACGGAGGAAAGAUUGACUAUCCGAGGAGAGCAUAGCAGACCAUCUUUAGCAGAUUCCGUGUUUGCUGACACGUUUUCAAACGAUUCUGCAAUCGGCGGACUUUUAAAAUCUCACUCAAAACAAACAAAGCAAACGAAGGAGGAUGCUUCGCUACCGCCGGAAGCUACUUUAGUUGAGGGGACGGGAUCCGACACUGCCUCCAUGAGCGAAUCAUCAAGUGAUGAAGCUGACCCUAAUGAUUUUGUUUUGCCCGGACACUUGAAUUCAAAUCUGCAACGACACCGGACCGGCGUGUUAAAUGAACUAGGUAACGGUCUGAGUCAAUUCCCGUCAGACGCCCAAGAAGGGGAAUCCCAAAAGACCGAUACUGUUGUUCCCGUCAUUUCCAUUCAACCCGCUACUCCAAUGUUUGAAGAACACCCGAAAUCAAGCCCAGAAGAACUAGAUCACAUUCCUGGAGCCUUCCCGGGGACAUCUAGUCAAGGUGAAGGUUUGGUCAGAGACGAACAUGAACAGGAUCACAUUAGCAAGCAAGGAAUCGACGAGGCCAGCGCGAAGGAUGAGCCCGACGACACCGAUUCUGAGUCUGGAGACAGCGUUUACAGUGAUGCCCCAGAGAAUUUCUCUGACCCUGAGGGAGAUGGAUUUGGCUCUAUAAAUGCGAUUGUCUCUGAUUCUACGCCGCAGAUCCCGCGUGUACCUGAAGCGAGUAACCCUUCAGCUUUUACUGCUUUCGCUGUCAAGAACGUGGACAGCUCCUCUCAGCCAAGUUUAGAGGUUCACUCCCUCAAGAGUCAAAAGCAGACUGCCAGUUCGCCGACAAUUCAAGAAGAAACCGUUCCUGUCAUUAUUCAGAACGGAGGCGGUUUGGAUGAUCAAUCAAUCUCACGGCCGAUGGUACCAGAAUUAAAAUUGAACGGCAGGCCUAAAACCGGAAAUACCUCUUCUAAAAAGCCAGACAGAGCCUCUACUGUACUAAGAACUGAACCUGCAAUCGAUUCCCACUUUUAUCAUGCAAUUUCAACUGAGUCCAAAAAUUCAGAUGACCAAAAUCCUGAAGUCCUGACGUCGCUUGAAUGUCGGCAAACGAGUUCUAUUUCUCCUGCAAUUCGAAAUAGCCCCAAGUUUUCCGGCCACAAUCCUACAAGGUCUCAAACUGUAUCCCAUAGCGACUUUUCGCGGCGACCAUUUUCACGACAUGCCUCCAAUGGCAGCGAUUCAUCCAGCAGUUUCAAACGAGAAAGGCGUCCGCGUGUGGAUACCGGUACCUAUACCUUACGGAGAACGAUGAGAAACGGCUUCGGGCAUUCUAAAAUUGAGUCCUUUGACCUAGGAAAGUCGUUGGCUUCAAAUGUGCAUCAUCAUCGUCCGUUUUCAUCUAGCGGUGGGCCUCCGAUCCUGCGGACAACGUUACGAGAUUCUGGAUUUGGGUCACAUGGCGAACCGCCUUCGUCAUUUUCCGGUUUUAGAAGUCUUAGAUCCAAACAUUCGCCAGGGUUUGAUCCGGCAUUCAGAUCCCGUUUCGUUGAUUCCAGCGAUGAUGAGUAUGGGGAGCACACAUUUACCCCGGUGCGUGGAAUUCCAAGGCGAAAGGGCGAGGUUGAUGGAGAUUCGACCGCUCUCGAGGACAGUUCUGAUAGCGACGCCCCGCGACAAUUAGUAAAAAAAUCGCGUCGCAGAGGAGCCACGUCUAAGAAGGGUGCCCCUACUAUUGCGGCGGCAGCGGCCAAGAAGUCGAUUAAGGCCUCAUCGGGCCCUAAAACUACCCCGGUAAACGCACAAAUUGAUUUUUAUCAUCCUGCAGGUGAGGAAAAGCCAAAAAAGAGUGUCCUCAGUCGUUUGAGUUUGUCGAGACGGCGUCCCGAUGAUGAGCAAAAGAUCCGCAAAUCUGGGCUCGAAAGCGCCGCAAGACGGGAUACACCAUUAGAAAGAUCCCCGCUUGAGCUGGAUGAGGUGCGCAAUACGAAACUAUACCUUGAUCAAAGUACAAUUCCUGCUACGGUUACCAGUAUAAGCGGCCCCUUGACCCCAGUUGCCAAAAACAGGUGGUCUCGUUUUUCCCCUCGUUCCCAUAGACAAACAAAUAAACUCACUCGACAUCCUGUCCAAACGGGGAGUAUCUCAUGGCCGUUGCCUGCACCAGAAGAAACCCCCCGUCAUGCCACUCGACUGUCGUCGAAUAUCAGCGAUAGCGGACAGGAUCCCCGACCCCGUGCUACUAAGUCCUCCAGUUCUAGGGCCAAUAGACCACAUACGUCUGAUGGUGUGGAUCGCAGGACAGCGCAAUUUGUCCCUGGAGAUACCCUAAGUGAUGUGGAUUCCACUUGGAAAUCCAGGUUUCUGCACCAGCGACAUCACCGCAUUGGCACGGACAGUACUCUCAUUCCGGACGCUGGUGGCGGUUCAUCAGUGGGAACAGUAGCGCUCAACGAAGGGAGGAAGAAGAGUAGGUUCCCAAGGCUACGGAAAGCAUUUGGAUUGUUAUGA